GCUGUCCAUCUUGGCUGCCGGAACAGCUCAACCCAGGGUCUUCCUGAAGUGGUGACCACUCCAGCUGGCAGGGAUAGAAAAUGGUUCCGGUCAGGCCGGAGCCCUGGGAGCCCACAGUCACAGCUGCAGGAUGGAGGAACCCACUCCCGAGCCAGUCUAUGUGGAUGUGGACAAGGGGCUGACCUUGGCUUGCUUCGUUUUCCUCUGCCUCUUCCUCGUCGUCAUGAUCAUCCGCUGUGCCAAGGUCAUUAUGGAUCCUUACAGUGCCAUUCCCACGUCUACCUGGGAGGAGCAGCACCUGGAUGACUGAGGCACAGGACGUGUCAUGGGACCCUGGGAUGCGCCCUGGCCGAGACCCGACAAGCACUUGGAGGCUGGGAGUGACUAUGACCACUCAGAGAUGGGGAAGGCUCGCCUUCACCUUAUUGGUUCUCGCAUGACCGCCGGAGGGAAAUGCCAGCAUGCUGGAGGCAAGGCAGUUUGGGGAAACCUGGGAAGGAUGCUAAGCCAUGACUCGGGCAGGUGGGGUCUAUUCUGGGACUCCACUGGGAGACUGCAGGGUGAUGGCCCCCUGUCUAGGCUCCUGCGCAUCUUUGGAAAAUGAACAAAGAACAGAUACUCUGGUCUGCAAACAGUGGUCAGGGGGAGACUGCCCUUCAAAUACACAGCACAGAGAGGCUGCUGAGAGCCCAGGAUCUUAUCCACAACCUAGCAGCAGAGGGGCAGGAAGAACGGAAAAUUCAGGGGGCUUCUCCUGCAAAUUCUCACAAGGCACACAGCUACUUCCAAACAGUGUUUCUUUUUUUAACUAAAAUAGAGAGGGGAUAUAUUUUUCCUGCUAAGAAUGAGAUGUGCAUUUUAGACACUUGGGAAAAUAUAGAAGAAAUAUAAAUAUAAUAAAAGAAAACUACAACUAGAAGGAAGGGAUGUGAAAAGCACUUAUAACCCAACUUCCCAGAAGCCAUCAUUUUGAUAUACUUCUCCAAGUCUUUUUUACAAGAAAUUUUUUUAGUAAUUCACACCGUAUGCAUGAUGCUGCAUUGAUCCAUUCGACAGCUCAAAUACCUUCUGCCUCUCAAGAUACCAUGGCUGGUUUCACUCACUGAAGAGUGUACCGUCUAGGUCAUGACUGAAUAUAGUCUUUUUCUUUCUCUUUAACAUUUGCACAAUGUUCUCACCCAAAUUACUUCACCCAGCAACCUUCAGAAGCUCUGCAUCCCUGGAGCUCCAGGCAAGAUCUGGGUUCUAGUCCUGCUUCAGCUACUCAAAGGUUGUACGAUCUUGAGAAAGUCACCUCCCCUCCAGGUACCUCAGUUUCACCAUUGUAAGAUGAGAAGGGGGAGUUUGCCUGUCUGUCAGGGAAAGCAGCCAUGCUACUGUGGGAGCUGAGCUAGGCUGCUGGUGAUCACUUUUCUCUGGUCUUUCCUUCACCCUCUUCUCCCACACACUGUCACCAAAAAUCUAUGACCUUGCUGCAAGGGUUCUAGGUCAGAGCCCACAUCCCCUUCCCAGCCUCCAAUCCUUUGUUUUUGUUAUAUGACCCCUCAAUAAAUCAGCACCUGUGAGCGCCAAUUUCCUCAUCUAUAAAACAGGGGAUCACAUCUACCUCACACGGUUGUUGUGGAGAGAAGAUGGAGAACGUGAGCAAACAGGGGUAUCCUUUCCUGAAUCUCUCACUCUAGGGAAAGAACCCAGCCUUCCAAGAGCCAGAGCUCCCAGCCAGUGCCACUGGCCUGCAGGACAUUCAUAGCCACCUCCUCAACACAUGACACCCCCGGGGGUCUCCCGACUCGCAUAGUUGUCGCUACUGUCAGUGUUAUUGCAUAUGUGAGGUGCGUCUAUUGUGUCCUUCCAGGGUAGGACCUGCUGCCCUAUCAAAAGAGACCUGUGCUGUGGACCUUAGACCUCCCCCAUCACCUACACUCAAGCCAUGGAUCUCCAUGCACCUCAGGCUACCUGGAAAAAGGUUUCCAAAGCACCGUCACUGCUAGGUGAUCCCUAAAGGUGGACAGAUGCUGUUGAGGUGGCUUUCCAGGGCAUGCCCAGUGCGCCUCUCUCUCUCUCUCUCUCUCUCUCUCUCUC